AAAAAUAUGCCUAGACAAAGAAGUAGCAGACGAGUUCGUGAAGCUGGAGGCUUAGGGGAGGACCUUAAUUCGCCAACGUUAAGGAAAAAGCUUACAGAACUAGGGAUAAAGGUUCCUCCCACGUUCAGUAAAGCUACGUUGUUGAAACUUUACAAACAAAACAAGGACAAUGGCAAUGAUGCUGCCGUUAAUAUAGUACCUGAUGUAACUGAUAAACCUCGAGAAAUCAAUGGCGCGUCUGCAUCCAGUACUAAUGAUGGAGAGGCUGAUAUCACGGCAUUGCCAAGCACGUCGUCCCAGAGUAUUACUCAAAACCAAGGGGGAUUACUGUUUGAGGCUAUAAACAGUCUAAAAGACAUGGUUGCAUCACAGAAAACGUCAAGUUCUCGUUUAUUGAUCUCUGAUGAUAACCGACCAGUCGAUAGAGAGGAAUCACCUGAUAUGAGUCUUGGCUCGCGUGGCGUUCCAAUGGAGAACAUACAAAACAUAGAUGUUAUUUCUAACAGUCUCAGGAGAUCAAUCAUAGAAGGUAAGACGAUCAACAUUGCUUGUCUCCUAGUCACAAACUAUGAGGAGCAAAAAACACCAAGUCUUGUAUCAAAUCGCGAUGGCACAAUUCAACUAAAAACAAUUACCAACGUGAAUGAUCCUAAGCUGAAGAAGUUCCUGACAGCCAGCGAGUUUGCUACGGCAUUUGGCAGAUAUAAACGGAUUAUGUGCGACAUAUUUCCCCAACGACAAUAUGAACUGGAUACGUAUAUGAACGAUAUAUUGGAGUUAUACACAAAAAUAGGCUACAAAGCUUACGAGUAUCACGAACAAUUUUCGGCACAAGCGGGAUCCUUAUGGAUUAACAAAGGAAUUAAGGUCGAUUGGUCGAGGAAGGACAAGGAAUUGCUGCA